UUUUAAUUUCAGUUGUAACAAAAAAUUUGGAUUAUAUUUGAAAAUUCUAUUCAAAAUUCUAAAAUAUAAAAAUGGCACACAUUCGACCACUCAAUUCAGAACUGGCCAAAGUAGCACGUGUAGAAUUAAACGAAAAUGAAAAUAACAUACAGGAGAAUAUAAUAAAGCUACGAGAAUGGAUAGUAGGGCAAACGUACUUAAAGGCCCGCACCGAUGAUCAAUUUCUACUUGCUUUCCUACGGUUUUGUAAAUAUAAUUUGCAAAAUGCUAAAAUACGUAUCGAAUACUACUAUACUUAUAAAUCUACAGGAAUGGAGGUAUUAAAAGUACGUCACAUCGAUGAGAAAUUACUUGGAAUGGUUAGAGAUGGUAUUUUUGCAACUCUUCCAAAUCCUAUUGGGCCUGGUGGCCCACGUAUUCAUUAUACACGCAUGGGUAAUAUAGAUACUUCCAAAUAUAGUGUAUACGACGUCUUCCGCUAUCAUACGUUCCGUUCUGAAAUCGAAAUAAAUACGGACGAUAACUGGGUAAUCAGUGGCGUUGUUGAAAUAAUCGAUUUUGGUAAAAUACCAUUUGCAUUUUUACGUCAAUAUGACUCUGGUCUGUUUAAAAAAAUGUCAGCCUUUCUGGAAUAUGGUGUACCAACUAAUUUAAAGGGUACACAUAUUGUGAAUGCAUCUAUGGAGGCACAAAUAGUAUUAACACUAGUCCGCACCUGCAUGAAACAAAAGGAACUACUACACAUACAUUCAAGUGUACAAUCAUUACAAAAAGCCAUCGGUGCGGAGUACUUACCGGUAGAGUUGGGUGGUGAAAAUGGCACACUGGACGAUGCCGUCAAUAACUUCGAACAACUUUUGCUUUCGUAUGACAAUUACUUCAAUGAAGAGAUUAGUUAUGGUGUUGAUGAGAAAUUACGCAAUGACCUUGUAACUGAAACGAAAUCUUCUGGUGAAGGAAGUUUUCGUAAAUUGGACGUAGAUUAAAAGUCCUGAUGUACAAAGUAUUACUAAAAUGAGUGGCUAUUUGAAAACUAAUUACAGGUGUUGUCAUUUUAUCGUCUUUCAUUAUAUAUUUCAGAAGAGCACAAAAUUUCAUUACUAUCCGAACAAUUAUGCAUUAGUAUAGGUAUGCAAUAUUUAACAAAAUUGUUUAAAAAUUAAUAACUAAGUUUAAGCAUUAAAGAGAAUG